AUGGCCAAGGUUCUGCUCUUCUUGGCGUCACUGGUGGUGUUCAGCAAUGUUUUUACGGUCCACUCCGCCUUCCCACCGUCGCUGAUUGUGGACAUGGCGCAGAUUCUUCUGAAUAACUAUUGCUACCCGGACAAGCUGGCCGGCAUGGAGGAGGCCAUAGCACAGGCCAGCAGCAACACGGAAAUCCUCAACAUUCCCGACCCCAACACGCUGGCCACCGUGCUGACGGCCGGUGUGCAGAGCACCAUCAACGACCCCCGGCUGGCCAUCUCCUACGAGCCCAACUACGUGCCGGUGACCGCGCCUGCCCUCCCCCCGCUCCCGCCGGAGCAGCUGAUCGACAUCGUCAAACACUCGAUCAAGCUGGAGGUCCUGGAGGGCAACAUCGGCUACCUGCGGAUUGACCACAUCAUCGGCGAGGAGAUGGCGGACAAGAUCGGCGCGCUCCUCCUGGAGAACGUCUGGAACAAGGUGCUGCCAACGUCAGCGCUCAUCUUUGACCUCCGGCACACAGCCACAGGCGAGGUGUCUGGCAUCCCCUACAUCGUGUCCUACUUCACAGAGGCCCAGCCGCUCAUCCACAUUGACACCAUCUAUGACCGCCCGUCUGACACCACCACUGAGCUCUGGUCCCUGAGCAACCUCCUCGGGCAGCGCUACGGCGCCGGUAAGGACCUGAUCAUCCUCACCAGCAAGCACACCACCGGCGUGGCCGAGGAUGUGGCCUAUGCCCUGAAGAGUCUCAACAGGGCCACCAUCGUCGGGGAGAAGACCGCUGGGGGGUCGGUGAAAAUCUCCAAGAUGAAGGUCGGGGAGACCGACUUCUACGUCACAGUCCCAGUGGCCAGGUCGACCAACCCCAUCACAGGGAAGAGCUGGGAGGUCACCGGGGUGUCCCCGAGUGUCGCCGUGGAUGCUGCAGAUGCCCUGGACGCUGCAGUGAAAAUCAUCAAGUUCCGAUCCCAGAUCCCCACCCUGGUGCAGGCCGCAGCCGGCCUGGUGGCCGACAACUACGCCUUUGCGCCGGUUGCGGCGGAUGUGGCAGCCAAGCUGAAGGGACUGGUGGAGAAGGGCCACUACGGUAUGGUCAGCACCGAGGAGGAGCUGAAGGCUAAGCUCUCUGCAGACCUCGCCGAGCUGUCUGGAGACAAAAACCUUAAGGCUGCGGGCAAAACUCCACCACAGAUCCCUAUGGAGAAUCCAACCCCUGAGAUGUUUGUCGAGCUGAUCAAGCUGUCCUUCCACACGGACGUGUUCGAGAACAACAUUGGGUACCUUCGCUUUGACAUGUUCGGGGAGUUUGAGGAGGUUGCUGCCAUCGCCCAGAUCAUCGUGGAGCACGUCUGGAGCAAAGUGGUGAACACAGACGGUUUGAUCGUGGAUCUCAGGUAUAACGUGGGAGGGCCCACCACCGCUAUUGCCGGCUUCUGUUCCUAUUUCUUUGAUGCGGAUAAACACAUCCUGUUGGACAAACUGUACAACAGACCCUCUGCCACCACAACUGAACUGUGGACCCUGUCUGACCUGACUGGUCAGCGAUAUGGCGUCAAAAAGAGCCUGGUCAUUUUAACUAGCGGUGUGACCGCCGGCGCCGCAGAGGAGUUCGUCUACAUCAUGAAGAAGCUCGGCCGGGCCAUGAUCAUCGGCGAGACGACUAGUGGGGGCAGCCACCCGGCAGAGAAGUUCCGCCUGGGCGAAACCGACGUGUUCGUCAGCAUUCCCACCAUCCACUCGGACACCACGCAGGGACCCGCGUGGGAAGGAGCGGGCAUAAGCCCCCACAUCCCCGUGGCCGCGGACGACGCCCUGGAAACGGCCAAAGGGAUCCUCAACAAGCACUUAACUGGCCAGAAGUGA